AUGCCGCAACACUCUAAACUGCAAUGCGUUUUUGUUUACGCAGGACAACGGAGACACGUGCCGGUCGACUGGGUGUACAAGCAAGGCUCCAAGUCCGCACGAGUACUGAAACCGAACAAUGACCUGACCGCGUGUGGCACCUUGGAAGAAGACGUGGACUAUGAUGGGCCCAUCAUAACUUUUACCAAUCAGGCCAAAGCUGAAUCCUGCUGCGCCGACUGUGAAAAUACACCGGGAUGUAAGCUGUUGGUGUGGUACGGUGGCACUUGCACUCUCAAGUCCGACAAAGGAGACAGGGUGAUUGUGGAUGGGGCCAAGGCUGGAUCGCUGCCUACUUCCAGCGCCUGCGCACCCAUGGAGUUGAACGUGAAUUACGUCGGCCACAACAUCGGUUACACGAGUCAGACCUCCGCCGAUGCGUGCUGUGGAGACUGCCAAGCGACGUCUGGGUGCAACCUGUUUGUGUGGUUCGGUGGCACUUGCACUCUCAAGUCCGCCAUGAAGACCAACGAGACUGUGGAUGGAGCCAAGGCUAGCUUUCUCCUGGCAGGAUAGGCAUCGUAAUGGCGUGUGCUUCCUAAAGACCUACAAGGGAGCCUCUCAAGCCAACGCUACUUUCAUUUCUGCUGUGGUGAUUUAAAGCGUGGCCUGAUACAUAUCUGCAUAUUGGGUUUUGAAUAAUUGAGUAAUCUAUGGAUCAGUACAUUGAGUGACCAAGCAUCAAGUACAAAGUUGACAGCGUGAAACAAUAUAGACUUGCCAUGAUAAUGGGGUUGACAUUUGAAAGUCCAUCAAGACAUCGUUCGAGCUCCAUGAAGAUGAUGUAAGAUUGAACACGCAUACUCGAAUAGGAGAUAUAUAUAUCAACCUGGCACUAACGAUAGUGGGCACGUGCAUACAGUAUAUUUAUACAGUAUAUUUAUAUAUUUAUAACGUCAUGUUUAGCAUUGGGAAAUGGAUGAAUAUAAACAAACACAAAACUAUGCCUUGGUAAACCAUGGGAAGUUGUACUCGUGGUCGUCCAUGACGUCAUUGCCAAACUUGCUUAGCACGUUGAUCAAUACUUGGCGCCCUUUGAGUCCUAUCGUGGCAUCGUCCGACUUGAAGAUGUCGUUCCACAGCUUGUAGUACGCCGUGAACAAUAGUUCCACGCCACGAGGGUCUUCCGUGUCGUGGUACCACACGUCGUAAUCCUGCAUACUCAAAUACGCCGCCAUGGCGAUACAAAACGCAUCUUGGGGUUUCUUGGCCGUCAGAAGCUUGCGCGACGCGGCAAUUUCUUUCUUGUACACCAUCAUCAUGGGGUACGACGACGACGUGUUGAACAUGGAAAAUCCACUGUCGUCGUUCCCUGUGACUUUCAUGAUGGUCUUGUUGAUCUUGUCCGCGCGGGUGAACGUUGCUUUGCGCGGCACCUCCACUUGUUUGGACGUGCCGUUUGCGGGGGGCUCUUGACGCUGGCGUUUGGCUGGUCGUUCGCCGCCUUCUUCAGCCUCAUCCUCUUCGUCCUGCUCUACUUCGUCGUCCUCAUCGCCGCUCGCAAAGUCAAUCACCGCACGGUCGUUCGCAAGGAGCUCUUCGGCCGUCGGGGAUGAGGCGGCAGGCGUCGCGGCCUCGGCUGUGGUGUUGUUUGUUCCCGCCAUUGAA